AUGCCCCUCUCAGACCCUACAUUCACCUCAUACACCCCUUCCCAAGCCCAAACCUACGCCCAACUGCGCCCCUCAUACUCCAGCGCCCUCUACGAAACCCUGCUCACCCACCACACCUCCACAGGCGGCCAUCUCGACGUCGUCGCCGACGUCGGCUGCGGUCCUGGCAAUGCCACCCGCGACCUCGCCGCCUCAUUCGACCACGCCAUUGGCCUCGACCCGAGCAUAGAAAUGAUCAAUUCAGCACGGCAACUAAGCGCCAAUACGCGGACGGGCCGAGACGUGGUGUACGCAGUCUCGCCGGCCGAGGAGUGUGCCAGCGCUAUCCCCUACCCCGGGGUUGAUCUACUCACUGCUGCCAUGGCGGCACAUUGGUUUUCCAUGCCCGAGUUCUGGGCCGAUGCAGCGAAGGCGGUGAAACCAGGGGGAACAGUGGCACUAUGGACCAAGGCGUCAUUGUACUGCCACCCCUCAACCCCCAACGCAGCAGCGGUCCAGAGAGCACUGUUCCGGCUAGAGCGCGAGGUUCUCGCUCCCUAUGAGCUCCCGCCCAACCGGCUCUCGCGUGACAUGUACGACAAUCUGAUUCUGCCAUGGCAGACAGGCGAUUCAGCGCUUUCGGCGGCGUUCCCAGAAUCAGACUUUGUACGGCGAGAAUGGGACCGCGACGGGAUUCUCAGCGACGGUAAGGAGUUUUUCGGGAAGAGCACAGCCGACGACCCUGAUGCAGGGAAAACGAUGUUGAGUAGUCUGGAGAAGGGGCUGGAUACGGCGAGUAUGGUGACAAGGUGGAGAGAAGCGCAUCCGGAGCUUGUAGGGACAGAGAGGGAUUGUGUGAGGGAGACGAUGGAGGAGGUGAGAAGGGUUAUGGGCGUUGCAAAGGAGGAGGAUGUGGCGAUAAAAGUUGGUGGUGGGACGGUGUUGCUGUUGUUUAAGAGGAGAUAG